AUGGUGGCUGUGCCACUGGUUGCGGCUCGGUGGGCACCAGUCGCUGGCCACUUUGUGGCACUUUUUGGGGAUGCCUCAGCAUCAGGCUCCUGCUUCUGGGUCGCCGUCCUGGACGGCAACGUGGUGGGGAUCGUGGCGGCGCGGGGCAACGAGGAGGACAACACGGUGGAGCUGCGCCGCAUGUCCGUCGACUCCAACUACCGCGGCAAAGGGAUCGCCAAGGCCCUGGGCCGCAAAGUGCUGGAGUUUGCCGUGCUCAACAACUACUCCUCCGUCGUGCUGGGAACCACGGCCGUGAAGAUGGCAGCCCACAAGCUCUACGAGUCCUUGGGGUUCAAGCACGUGGGUGUCGUCGAACAUUACGCCUUGCCGGGGAUGACGCGCUCCUUACUGGAGAGAAUGUUUUUCCAGCUCCGCUACCACCGCUACCGCCUGCAGCUGCGGGAAGAAUAAAAAAAAACCCAACCAACCAAACAAAAAAAAAAUUUCUUUUUUUUUCCCUCCUCCUCCUUCAAAAAUAAUAAAUUGCCCUUCUAUUU